AUGUCUCAACCACAUUAUCUUUUAGGAAUAGCCCUACCGGCGCCCGAGAUAUUCCCCGAAAAUAACUCGAAUCUUUGCGGGACCCUUUUCGGCUUGGGUUUGGAAUCAUUGGCUUCGAUUGCAAGCCCGAAAUAUCCGGAGCAUUACCCGUCAAAACAGGAUUGCGUUCGCGUGAUCCAGGCGAGCCCUGGGUAUGAUAUUGUCGUCAAGUUCAACCACUUUUUCCAGAUCGAAGACGCUUAUGGGAGCAAUCCGGCCCAGGAUCAGCCAUGUCCCAAUGAUUAUAUUGAAUUCCGCGACGGCCGGUACGGCUUCUCGACGCUGAUUGGGAAAUUCUGUGGCAAUGUACUGCCCGCAGUGGAGAUUCGAGCAGUUUCAGGCUACAUGUGGUUGCGAUUCCACUCGGACGACUAUCUGGAGUACAAGGGAUUCCACGCUACGCACGAGAUGGUUCGAUCUCUCGCGCCUGCCUAUAGUCAAGGGGCUAAUGAAUGUCACUUCGAGGUCCACAAUGCGCUUGAUGGAUGGAUCGACUCGAAGGCCAUUCAACAUGUCAGGCCGAACCCAGGCCCGGUGGAAUGCGUAUGGAGAAUUGAGUCACCGCCUCAUCUCCAGCUCUCGCUCUCAUUCGACCAGUUCGAGUUGGCCCGACCGAAUAAUUGUGAGGACCGCUUUGUCGAAAUUAUGCGGUCUCAUGGCGUCCGAGAUAUCUACACGGGUGGCCAUGUAUUAUUCCUGCGUCUCCGGUUGUCUAGCGGAAAACUCGUUGCGCAGACCAAGAUCCGGGCUCUCUAUUCCUCAUUUAUCAAUGACAAAAACUGUUCUCUAAUCGACAUGCUCUCAUGCGGAGACGGCAAAUGCAUCCCCAAGGAAUUGGCCUGCAACGGGAAUCGAAAUUGCCCGUACGCCUCCGAUGAGACACUAUGCACUGGUAGUACUCGCUCAGCGUUGAAAUUGUUCAUCUACUCUGGUUAUUCGCCCCUGAUUCUGCUCAUUAUUUUGGUUUUUAUUACAGUAGUCGCCCUGUACGUAUGGUCAUUUCAUGCCCACACCUUUUGCGAACCGUUUGGCGAGAAGCUCGAGGCGCCAACACCCGUCGAAAAUGGCCAUCUCAAGCCGGAGCACGCUGUUUUGCAGCAUUAU